CGCUAGCCCGUUAAUUCCGUGCCGCCCUUCGCCUCUUUCAAAUUCCACGCCCCCUCCAUUUUCAUUCCAAACCAGCACGAGCGCGGGGCGAGCAGUGGCUCUGGAAACGACUAGAAUCAACGGAGAUCAGAGGCGACACUGCUCUUCCCGAUGCACGCGUGCUUCCAUGGCGGCGGUGGCGGCAACAGCAGGAUCACCAAGUCCGUCGGCUUCAUCGUCAAGAGCAUGAAGGCCCUGUCCCUCCUAAAAGUGAAGACGGCGGGCGACGGCCAUCCGCACGCGCCGCGUCGUCGGCGGCGGCGGCAUCGGAGGCGCUCCCCCGAGGCAGACGAGCUGCAGGACAAGGACGUCGCGGCGGCAUCGUCGUCCGCGUCCUCGUCCGCCAAGAUCGCGCCGGCGCAGCCGCACGAAGCCGCCGACGGUGACCUUCGGAGAGACCGCCUCCCCCAGGACGAGGAGCUGCGGCGGCAAGGAGGAGCUAAACACGGGCACUGCGACAAGUGCUGCUCGCCGUUGGAAGACGACGACGAGGAGGCCGCCGCGGGUACGGCGGACGCGGCAGGCGACGGGGAGUGGGCGGCGGAGCCGGAGCCCGGCGUGCUGAUGACGCUGUGGCCGCGCGGCGACGGCUCCAACUACCUCCGCAGGAUCCGGUUCAGCGAGGAGUACUUCGGCGACGCGUGGGCGGCGCAGACCUGGUGGGCGGACAACUGCGACCGCAUCGUCGAGCUCUACAGCGUCGUCGUCCAGCCCGAACACCCCUCGCAGGACGGCGACGACGAUGACGACGACGACGAUCCGGCUGCGCCCGUAACUCCGUGCCAGUCCGAGGACGACGAGCACCAACGGCAGGAUGGGGCUGGGGACCUGGACUACUCGGCGUCGUGCUCGGCGUCGGCGUCGGGAGGCUCCACCUCCAACUUCUCCGGGCCGUCCAGCGGCAGCGGCAGCGGGUCUGCCAACAAGGUGGACUCUCCGAUUCUCGGCCUCGUCACCGAGGCCGACAGCAUCACAAGAACAGCCCGGCCGCAGCACAGCCAUACGGCAACGGGACAAUAACAGUGUGACACUCACGAAUAUACUUGCUCGCCCGUCUUACACCAUUGUUUGACAGUUUUUACAAUGCUUAACUUUUUAGGUGAGUGGUUGUUUGCUGGGAAUGUACAGUAUUUGGCUCAAAAUUCAAAAUGUUUCAGAAGCUC